AUGCGUUUUGUGGAGGCUUUGGGUUAUUUUGGUGAUAAUCAUGUGGUUCGCCUACGAGAAUUUUCCAAGUCUUUGACUGAUCGAGCAUAUCAUUGGUAUUGCAAUCUUGAGCCAGACUCCAUCAAUACCUGGGAGCAGCUAAAAGAUCGUUUCCUUACCAAAUUCUUCCAGGCUGAAAAACGAGUUACCACCUUGUCUCUCACAAAGGAGACUCAGGAAGACAAUGAGGAUGUCCUUGCCUUUAUCAAUCGAUUCAACGAUCGUGUAGGAGAGUGCUUCAAAAGUAGCAAUGAGAUGGACUUGGUUGAUAUAUGCAUCCAAGGCAUGUUGCAGAUCUACAAGCUCCAUCUUGUCAACCUAAGAAUUGCUAGCUUUGGUGAACUCAAGAUCAUAGCUCGAAACCUUAAAGAUCUUAAGCCAGUCGCUGCCAAGUAUGAACCUCCGAAGUAUGAUGCUCCCAAGUUUGAGGCUCCAAAGUCUUCCAACCGCAGGCCUACGCCUGACGGCGUCGUUGUCUUACCUACUCCACGUCGCGAGCCCACGCUAGCAGAUAGAGUUCAUGCUGAUUUCUGCGUUUACCACCAGAGUAUCACCUACCUUACUGUUAAUUGCUGGGGUUUGCGCCGUCUCUUCCAACGGCGAGUGGCAUCUGGUGAUCUCGAAGUCACUCCCGCCAAAGAUGUUCGCCGUUUCCAAUACCCUGAUCAUCGGGUGGUUGUUAUCACCUAUUAUAAUGAGCUUGCAGAGACGCAUUCAGGCCAAAAUGUUGACCUUUCAGAAUGGGAUGUGUGUCCUUUGGUUGCCUCCGCUAAACCUUACUCUUCACCAAAGACAACCUUAUCUUUCUCUAAUGCUGGCAAACAGAGUCAAGGUGCUCAAAAUCAACCACUGUACGUGUUGGCUUCCAUCAAAGGGGUAGAGUUCAAACAUGCUUUUCUUGAUAAUGGUUCCUCCAUCAAUGUCAUGCCCCUCUCCACUUUUCGCAAAGCAGGCAUCCUCAAAGAUCGCCUGGUCAAGGAGCCAAUUGAAGUUGCUGGGUUUGGUAAUGAUCUUCGUCGCAUGAUGGGCUACGUUAAUGUCGAUCUAGCUGUUAAUAAAUUUCAGGCCUCCACAAAGUUCUAUGUCAUUGAUAGCAAUACAUCCUAUCACAUCCUGCUUGGGCGCGCAUGGAUGCACCGCUUUGGCAUUGUUCCGUCUACUUACCAUCAGUGUUUCAAAGGCAUUUGGAACAACAAGGUCGUCACUGUCCCGUGUUCGGAUUGUCUCUUUGCUACCUUUGAGGCGCAUUAUACUGACGCUUUGUUCUUCAAUGACCUUGAUGACUGCAUGCAAGAUUGCGAUGCGACUAUUAUCAGCACCCCUUUACCUACUUGGGCAGACGCCCAGAAGGGCAUUUUUCAUCCGCCAUCUCUAGUUCAGACCAGCAAUGCUCCACGUGAAUGCAAGCAUGUUCGUUUCCCCAAUGGCCGUGUCAUCUACCGUUUAUGA